AUGAAUAUUGGAAUAUUUUUUAACGAUUUCUACAAAAUAAAAGACAAUGAAGAUUUUAUAGAGCAAUUUAUCAAUCACUCAAAGUCUGGGAACCGACACAAGAUGAUUGAGAUGGUUAUGCAACAACAACAGGUGGCUGGGUUAAAAAUUUGUUCAGCGUUUGUCGGAAAAAACAACGAAAAAGCCCGUAAUUUAUUCAGUGAUAUUAAUCUAAUAAAAAAAGAUACCGCUAGAGAGACAAUUGCUCACAAAAUAAACCAACUGACUCGAGGAUUGUUUGCUGUUGAAAGCGACAAUUUAUUGGCCAUUGAAAUUAUUUUGUCGCGAGCAAGACACGAAUUUAGCGUUGGGCUGCAUGAAAAGUGUUGCAGAGACUGUGAUUACGCGAUUGAAUUACUAAAUAGUGUGCAAAUCUCUAGAGAAAAUGAAUUGGAUAAUUAUAAAACUCUGUUCAGUGCUUUAAAGCACGAGGCAUUGAAGUUAAUUUACAAGAACAUUAAUAAAUUUGACUGCAACAAUAAUCCGACAGAAAGUGUUAAAGUUGAUGGAAAACGCAGUAAAAAAUUGUUGAGUUGCAGUGACGCAGUGUCUCUUUCUCAUGAUUCUGUUCGCGGAAGACAUUUGAUUGCCACUAGAAACAUAAAAGCUGGCAGUGUCGUUAUUAUUGACAAACCGUUCGCAUUUAGUACUGAUAAACAAGCUCUCUGCACCAAUUAAGAAUGCCGUAAAGAAGCUUGGAAUAGUUACCAUAAGUAUGAAUGUAUGAUCUUCGACAUUUUCCUUGAGAAUUUGGAUUCAAAUCAGCAAUGCUCCCAUCUUUUAUUGGCAUAUCGUACCACAGUUAUCAAAGCAAUAAUCAACAAAGAAUCCAAUACUUUAGAUAAAGAAUUUUUAAACUACCACAGAGAAGAAAAUGACAAUGACAAUACAUUUAAUAAAACAGUUAUAAGUAGGUAUGACCCUUUGGAUUAUAAGACAGUUUAUUUACUGGAGACUCAUUGCAAAAAAUCCGAACCACGGGUAAAUUUAGCUCGUGCAAUAAAAGCUGUUUACUUAGCAAAAUGUAUGCAGUAUGUAUUUGAACAAACUCGGGUGAAAAAUAUUAAAGAAGAAGAAAUAAAAAUACUGGCGGUAGCAAUAAUGCGACAUAUGCAAGCGAUUAAUUGCAACGCUUAUGAAAUAGUGGAGAAUAUUUGGGAUCAAAGGACGAAAAUAUGGGAACCACGAAAUAUUGGUGGUGCUAUUUAUACCACUGUAAGUCUUGUUAAUCAUAGCUGCUAUCCAAAUGUUGUUCGUCACUCUUAUCCAGAUGGUAAAGUUGUAGUUCGUGCGUUAAGAUUUAUCGCAAAAGGAUCUGAAAUUUUAGAUUGCUAUGGACCACAUUUUAUAAGUGACGAAUUACUUUCACGUCAGAAACUUUUAUCAGAUAAAUAUAGUUUUAUUUGUACAUGCGAGGCCUGUAAGAAUGACUGGAAGUUAUCUACAAGUGAUACGAUAUUUCGAUGCUUGUGUGGAUCUAAGAUCGAUGUUAAACAAUCACGCUGUACACGCGUAUCCUGCUCGCGCAAGGCUGACAUUAAAAAAUUGUCCGAUCAGUUGAUUAAGUCAACUAAAAAGCGUGUCAGCGCGAUUAACAUUAUGUACGACGGAAAUUACGUGCAAGCGUUACCCUUAUUAUUAGAACACUCUGCAUUUGUUGAUAAAAAUUUAAUAGAGCCUAACAUUGAAGCCGCUAAAACACAGCAAUCGAUAAUACAAUGCUUCAAUAGCAUGUCUAAUAUAAGUAAACUUUCGAGUGCUCACUUUUGA